CCCUCUUUUUAGUUUUUUUACCAGUGUCAAAUUCUUUUGGGUCGUGGUCAUACGGAGCAAAAAAAGGCGGCUUUGCAGCCACCGAGUAACGCCGGCAGCUUUCCGAUGGAAAAUCAGCUCCUCACUGAGUUUGAAAACGCGGCGGCUAACAUACCGGAUUCACCUCUCCCUCUCCAGGCCAUAAGCUUUCUUCUGUCUCUCGUCAGCAACCCUUCCACCACCGAUUCUUCUCUGUCCGCUAUUAUCAAAACCCUAGCCCAAUCUCUCCAAAAUCCUAACCACCGCCACACUCACCACCGCGCUAUCCUCUCCAUCCUCCAUCUCCUCGCUCGCCGCCACCCCCACCGAAGACAAGACGUCAUCAACUCCAUCCAGUCAUUCUCACUCCUUCCUUCUACCUCCACUCGCUCCUAUGCCGAGGCCCUCUCUGCUCUCCUCUCCCUAUCUGCUACUGACGCCUUCAACGAGCCAGAGUUCCUGUCGCUGGUUUUCCGGCCAUGUGUAUCUGUCAGGCUUUGGCUCUUGCGGAAUGCUAGCAGCUUUGCUAUGCGACCAUCAGUGUUGUUCACAGUUCUGUUUGGGUUGACCAAGGAUCCGUAUCCUAACAUUCGUAGUGCUGCCUUGGAUGGACUAUCUGGAUUAUGUAAAUGCAUUGUGGUUGAAGAUAAGAGUCUUAUUCAAGGUUGUUAUUUCCGUGCUGUUGAGCUUCUAUUUGACACUGAGGACACUGUGCGAUGCUCUGCAAUUUGUGCGGUUAGUGAGUGUGGGCAUUCGCUUGUGGCUGCCAACCUUGAGAAAAGUAGAAGUGAUUGGUCAGACACAUUAUUCGUACAGCUUUGCUCAAUGGUCAGAGAUAUGAGUGUCAAGGUUAGAAUACAAGCAUUUUAUUCUCUUGGGAAUGUUGAAUUGGUCUCCAAAGAUCUUCUCUUACUGACCCUAUCAAAGAAAGCUUCUCCAGCCAUGAAAGAAAAGAACUUUCCUGGACAGUUCACUGCCAAAUCUUCUAAGCUACCAGCAUCAAGUGCUGCUUUUGCUUUUGUGAAUGGCUUGGAGGAUGAAUUCUAUGAGGUACGAAGUUCAGCCUGUCGUGCCUUACAGAGAUUGACCAUUCUCUCUGCUGAUUUUGCGGGUGAAGCUAUAAACCUUUUGGUGGAUGUUCUUAAUGAUGAUUCACUAGAUGUACGGUUGCAAGCUUUAGAGGCGAUGCAUAGCAUGGGAAUGUUUGAUCAUCUAAAGGUGCAAGAAGCACAUUUAAAGCUGUUUGUCAGUACUCUUGUGGAUAAUGACAAUUUGAUAAGGUCUGCAGCAAGGAGAGUACUUAAGAUAACUAAACUCAGGACUUUGACUCUUUUCAGAAUGUGUAUUGACGGCCUUGUAAAAAAUUUAGAACUCUAUCCGCAGGAUGAAGCUGAUGUGUUUUCCGUAUUGUUUAGUCUUGGUAAAAAACACGGGAAGUUUGUCGUGAACGUGAUCCAUGGGGUUUCUGCUUUGAUAGAGCCGUCUCUUGGUGGGAAGUGGAGCAUUGACAAUGCGAGAACAUCUUCAUUUAUGGUGUUGGCCACCUCAGCUCCGGUGUCACUAGAGCGGGGAAUCUGCAGCAUUCAACCAGUAAUGUUCUCUUAUGCAGUCACCAUACUGGGGAGAAUAUCACAUGGUUUAACUGAUGUAAUGGAUCAGAAUAACCUGCUCACUUAUCUCUCUCUUUGCAGCAGAUUCACAUUUGCUUCUGCUGCAGAGUUCUUCAAAGCGGAAGAGUGUGGUUCCUCACAUUCUAAGGAAGGUGAUGCUUACUUGUUGAUUCAAAAUGUAACUGAUGGAGUUUGCUCUGAGAAAAUAAAUGAGGUAAAGAGGGGAGAUUGCACAACAGCUAUUCUACAGAAGGUCACAGACAUCUGGCCAUUGCUAGAACUUGGAUUGGUGGAUAAAGUAUCUAAAACUGUAGGAUGCUUGAAGGAGGAGGUGAAAAGAUUGGAUAGUGACUCCCAAUGCAGGGGUGAAUCGGUUUUCAUAUCAUACUAUUUGGAUGCCAUAGAACUGAUCGGAAGGGUGUGGGGCCGCCUCAUGUUACCCAGAAGGUUCUGCACCUAUCAAAUAGGAGACUGGCGAGUGUUGUUUGACAAACUUGACAUGAUUCUAAAAGAGAUGAAGUAUAGGUUCAUAGAUUUGACGAAAGAGGAUGAGUAUCAUAUCAUGGAACUCAAGCUUGUGACGGAAACAGCAAAACUGUGUACAUCAGAAGCAUUCUUCCAUAAUAACCACAGUGCUUUAGAAAAAUUACGUUCCAGGGCACAACUGAUGCAUGAAUAUGGAUCUGAUUCACUUUCAGGGUUUGUCAGGGAGCUUUAUACAGGUUUGAAUGAAUGCAUUCCAAUGGAGAAUCCAUUAUUUCUCUUGACGUCUCUCAAGAAAUUCAAACCGAGACAGUUAGUUUUACCACCAAGAAAGUUCAGAUGUAUUAUGGCUGAAAUGGAUGUUGAAGGUACUGACUUUCAGUAUCCUCUUCCGUUCGUUCCGGGGUUACCUGUUGGUGUUUCCUUUUCAAUGAAGAUUUACAAUGUGUCGUUUGAGAAUAGGCUUUGGGUGAAAAUGUGCGUAAAAGAGAAGUUAACCCAGUUUGCCUAUCUUGAUUUGCUUGAGCUUGGUAGUGGAGAUGAUGAGGUCAGAAAGUUUAAGAUUGUAUUGCCGUUUCACAGAACCCCUAAAGCCAAAUGUUUCUCAUUGAGGGUAUGUGUUGUUAUAGAAUGUUUAUUGCCAGACUAUGCACCCCAAACCCCCCUGCCCGUGAUUUAUGGUGGUCCAAAACAUGAUGUUGCUCAUAUAUGCGAGGAGAAAGAAGUGUAUUUCUCCAUGGUUGUAAAAUAGGUGAUGCAGUUUAUGCAUCUGUUGUAAACUUGUAUAUGUCAUUCUAGUUGGAUACAGUCCUAUUUCAGGCACAAGUAAUUUAGAGAAGUAUGUUCAUCUUGCCAAUGAAUGCGCCCAUAAGCGUUGCACAUGCUAAGCCUGUCUUCUAGUCUCAAUCA